CCGGUUCGCAUAAUUUUAAAUAAAGCACGAACGGUAUAUCUUACCAGUUGGAAAGAUGAGACAAUUUGAAAAAUAAAUAAAUUUGAUUUUUAAGAAUUAUAUUUUGAAGAUGCUACCUACAACAAAGUUAUUGACUUAAGGUUUUCAAAAAGUUUUCAUCUGGAAUUAGCAUUUUGACUCAAGAUUCCUGAUUCAACCAGUAGUCUAUUCAGAGCAUUACAUUUGUUUUACUAACAAUGGCGUCUGGACGCAACCCAACUGGGCAUAACAACUGAUAAAAUCACAAUACCACUUGCUGCUUCAAGAAGUUGAUAUUCAAAAUGAACAUUCAUACUGAAUGAGGCAAGAUUCUCAACUAGAAUGACACAGUUACCGACAAUUAUUUCAACGUUCGUUUCAAUACUCGUCAGUACCAGUUGGAUACCAAUAGUGUGUCCCUCCUCCAUAGUCGUUUAUCCAUUCUGCACGUACACACUCAAUUCUCAUUUUAUGGUAUUUGGGAAUCUCGCCAGAACGUUACUUGAAAACGGACAUGAUGUAACUUUUAUACUUCCUGAUGAUAUCCAGCUGCUAUCAGAUACCGAAUAUAUCCCACGUGAUGUUGUUAUUAUGUCUUUUCCAACUCCUAAAAGAUACCAUGUUAAUUUAUCUCCGGAUCAUGGAGAUAUGUCACCUUGGAAAUUCAUGGAUAUAGGUGCAAAGGUGCAAUAUCGUUUCUGUGCAAGCCUUCUAAGGACCAAAGUGUUAAAUCAAAUCAAAUCGAGGAAUUUUGACCUAUUUCUGACCGAUGAAUCCGCAUGGUGUAGCAGACUUGUAUGGGAUUAUUUGGACAUACCGACUGUGGUAGUGUCAACAUGGGGUCCCGUGAGAGACACAGAUCUCGCGAGACCUUAUAUGCCAUCCUUCGUACCCAACAUCCAAACCAGCUUCACAGACAAAAUGACAUUCAUUGAAAGAGUGUGGCAUUAUAUAAUAAACAUGAGAAUGGACGUUGCCAUUAACGGCAUUCUCGAUGACUUUGAUAAUCUGAAACGAAAAUUCAAAUUGAAUGCAACUCUUUCGAUGAGAGAUUCGUUUAAAAGGGUGUCCCUUGUAAUUUGCCAAGGGGAUAUUUCUGCUGAGUUUCCGAGGCCGACAAUGCCGAAUGUCGUAAUGUUGUCGCCACUUGGAAUCUUUCAAAACGAGGUACUUAGCGCAGAAAUAAACGAUUUUGUGGAAGGGGCCACAUUUGGCAUAGUUGUAGUUAGUUUUGGCACACGCUUUAACAAUGUUGGUAUAGAUAAAGCCGAAGCGAUGGCCCGAAUAUUUUCAUCUUUAAAAUUACGAGUUAUUUGGAAAUACGAGGGAGCAAAUCUCACCAACGCAAGUGAUAACGUAAUGAGAGUGCCCUGGAUACCUCAAAAUGCGCUAUUGAAACAUAGUAAGACAAAACUGUUCAUAACACACUGUGGAGUCAAUAGUUUCAACCAAGCUAUAUAUUACGGGGUACCUGUAAUUGCAGUGCCAUUAGAUUUAGAUCAGUUUUCACAUGCUUCGAAAUUAGUUAAUCGCAAACGCAUGGGGCUUCAAGUCAAUGUGAACGAGCUCAAAUCGGAAAAGUUCGGGAAUGUUGUGCGACGAGUUCUCCAUAACUAUAGGAUGUAUAAAACAAACGCUGUAACAGCUAUGAACUUAAUGAAGGACCAACCACUGCCGAUAAACCAAAGUUUUUUAUAUUGGAUCGAAUACGUCAUACGUUGGCAUGGUGCCCCACAUCUUCGAUCCGAAGUCGCUAACGAUAUGACGUUCUUCCAGCUUUAUUCACUUGACGUCAUUUUAUUUCUUGUAGUCAUAGUGAUAAUGGGUACAGCCUCAGUAUUGAUGGUUUGUAAACACCUGUGGUUAAGACGUAAGAGAAUUCCAUGGGCGUUGGUGAUGACAUGUACAACGAGAUCAAGAUGCCGGAGAAGGAUUCUCUUUCAACUUUCUCGCAAAUGUAAAUUAUAAAUGGAGACCAACACGAUUAUUUUGUCACACCCUGUAACCUUUUACUUGACAGAUGAAAGUUUUGAAAAGAGAUAUUUCAAAAAAAAAUUGAAAAAUAAGUUGUUAGCUUUUCAUUUCUCAAAUAUUCA